AUGGAGUGGACAUGUGUAGAUGAAUAUGAGAAGCUUCUCUUUCGAAUGUCUACCCCAAGGGUCAUGAUCGACAAUGCCAGUUGUGCAGACGCGACCAUAGUCAUGAUUGAUAGUGCUAGAAAACAUGGGAUUCUUCUUGAAGCUGUUCAAGUUCUUACUGAUUUGAACCUUUCAAUUAAGAAAGCUUACAUUUCUUCUGAUGGUCGGUGGUUCAUGGACGUUUUUCAUGUGACUGAUUUGGAAGGAAACAAAUUAACUGACGAAAGUGUCCUCAAUUACAUUGAACAGUCUCUUGGGACAAUUCAUUAUGGUAGAUCGAAAAGCUUCGAGGGACUUACAGCAUUAGAGUUGACAGGUACUGAUCGAGUUGGCCUUCUGUCCGAGGUUUUUGCAGUGCUAUCGAAUUUACAGUGCAAUGUUGUUGAAGCUAAAAUGUGGACACACAAUGGUCGGAUAGCAUCCUUAAUUUAUGUUAAGGACAAUGAUUCUGGAUCCCCGAUUGAGGAUUCAAAGAAAAUUGAUAGAAUCGAGGCCAUGUUAAGGAAUGUUCUCAAGGGCGACAAUGAUAUCCGUAGUGCCAAAACAUCAGUUUCCUUGGCUGUUACACAUACAGAAAGGAGGCUUCAUCAGAUGAUGUUUGCUGAUCGUGAUUACGAGAGGAAGCCGUGUAGCACAACUCGCGAUGAGUCCCUGGUUGUAGCAGUACAAAAUUGUUUGGAAAAGGGUUAUUCUGUUGUGAAUAUUCAGUGUAAGGACCGGACGAAGCUUCUGUUUGACGUCGUUUGCACAUUGACGGACAUGCAGUAUGUUGUUUUCCAUGCUACGAUUAACACGGCUGGAGACAGAGCCUCCCUGGAAUUUUUCAUUAGGCACAUGGAUGGAACUCCGAUUAGUUCAGAAGCUGAAAAGCAACGUGUGAUCCUAUGCUUGCAAGCUGCAAUCGAGAGGAGGACAUCACAGGGUGUAAGGCUUGAACUUUGUACCGAGGAUAGACUUGGGCUAUUGGCUGAUGUGACACGAACCUUCCGCGAAAACGGCCUAAAUGUGACAAGGGCUGAGAUAUCGACAACAUUGGAUAGGGCUUUGAACGUGUUUUACGUCACGGAUGCACUUGGGAAUCAAGUUGAUUCAAAGAUCAUCGAAUCUGUUCGACAAAAGAUUGGGUUGAGUAAAUUGAAAGUGAAGGAAUUGCCCUUGAUCUAUCAUCAAAAGGCAGAACGGGAGGAGGCUACGAUGGGGGCUGGUGGGACCAUGUUGUUAUCACUUGGAAGCCUCGUGAGAAGGAAUCUAUACAACUUGGGAUUGAUCAAAUCUUAUUCUUGA